AUGGACGAGGCACCGCGGCCAUUCCGCUUGACCGCACCGGAGAAACAGAUCAUCGCCAGCCGAUGCGCAGCGGACGAUAUGACUUUCGACUACCCCUCAUGCAUCUGUGAUGAAGACAGAACGGAUCCACACAAGUUCCUCAACGCUCUCAUACUCUGCGGCAAAGUCUCUCGCGAUAAGCCAACCCUGCUUGCGGCCCAUCCACGAAAGGACAUCGCAGAGAUGGUGAACGACCUGAUGGCGCCGGCGUUCGACUCGACGAUGACAACCGCGAAUGUCCGAGCGUGCGCUCAUGCUUUCCGCAUUGGCAUGUCUAUCGCCAUCUUCUGGGACAUGGAGGAGUUUUUCCCUCGAGCUUACCCAAGACAGCUGGUGGAGGACAGCAUCUUGUGGAAAAUCGGACUCUUCGAAUUGCCACUGUCUGGAGAUGAUUUGUUCGGGGCCGACGUCCACGCGCAGAGGAAUGGUUUGGACAUCACCGCACCGAACGACCGCAAGCAUUUCAAGCCCCCAGCAGUGAACAAGAUGUCAAAGCUGCCAGAAUACCGUCGCUGGAGCAGCAACCUCAAGAGCAAGAUUGCAGCCUCAUACACCUCUCGCACGCCAGUACGUAAGAUCUUCAAGAACACCACCAUACAAACAACCGGCCAAGCGUGGGACUUGCUCGAGAGCAGUCCCUAUUAUGAAUGGCACACGGUCGACGACAUGCUGGCCUUCCUCGAUACCACCUACGGUGACGAUCCACAAACUCCGCAGCUUCGCGCAAUCUCUGCUCUGAGCGUCCUUCGCCAAGAGGAUCAGUCGUUCUUACACCGCCUUCUUGAAUAUCGCAUUCUGUGUUCAAAGGCUCAGCAACAACUCGUCACUCAGCGCUUCUGGCUGACCCUCAACUACGACUACAUGAACGACCCCAAAGGGCACACACGCGAUACCUUCACCGACUUCUGCGCGGCAGCACGCACGCUUGAGAGCAACUACCAGCUUAUAGCACUCAACGAGUCCACCGGCUACUGCGACGACACCUGCGACGACACCUGCGACGACUACUGCGAUCACUACAACCACUGCUACCUCGACUACCAUGAAGACAUGCAUGAAUGA